CUCAGAGCCCCGCAGUGACUUUGCACGGCUGCUCGUGAGCGACGCCUGGGGGCUUUAGGGACUGGAGUCCUGCGCUGAGUGCUCCCGGUGGCGAUGGGGCCACUUGGCUUUCCUUGGCCCUGCAGAGCUCGGAGAAGCACUUGGAGAACGAAAGCCUCUUGUCAUUCCUCCUUUUCCAUUAUUGGCAGUUGUGCUGUUCAAGCCACAGCACCUACACGCAGCACCGCAUUGCACAUAUCAGCCCGAAGUGCCUGUCACUGGCCCUGAUUGGCGUGUCCCAGGCACAGCUGACAGCCGAUGUGACCGCCAGAGCAAGCUCUGUCUCUCCGCUGAACAAAGGCUGUUUGACUGAUCCCCAGCAGUGACCACAAUGCCAUCAGCCCUGGAGAGCCCCGAGGCGGGAGAGGAAGACAUCCUGUGCUAUGACGAAGUGGAAGAUGACUCUGUCAGCCCCAUGGACCUUUCGGAGCUGCUGAAGGAGGGGACGAAGGAAUCGCAUGACCGUGCAGAGAACACUCAGUUUGUCAAGGACUUCCUGAAGGGGCGCAUCAAGAAAGAGCUCUUCAAGCUGGCCACCGUGGCCCUUUACUUCACCUACUCUGCUCUGGAAGAGGAGAUGGAUCGUAACAAGGACAACCCAGUCUUUGCUCCUCUGUACUUCCCCGUAGAGCUUCACCGGAGAGAAGCUUUGGCCAAAGACCUCAAAUAUUUCUAUGGGGAAGACUGGAAAGAAAAGAUCCAGUGUUCAGAGGCAACUCAGCAAUAUGUGGACAGAAUCCAUCAUGUGGGACAACACGAGCCAGAGCUGCUGGUGGCUCAUGCUUACACACGCUACAUGGGGGACCUCUCAGGUGGCCAGGUGCUGAAGAAGGUAGCCCAGAGGGCCCUGAAGUUGCCCAGUACUGAGGAAGGGAUCCAGUUCUAUGUGUUUGACAGCAUUUCCAACGCACAGCAGUUCAAGCAGCUUUACAGAGCAAGAAUGAAUGCUCUAGACUUGGACAAGAACACCAAGGAAAGGAUCGUGGAAGAGGCCAACAAAGCCUUCAGAUUUAACAUGCAGGUGUUUGAUGAGCUGGACAAGAUCGGCAGGUCGCUGGCAGAAGAAGCCCAAGAUGGAGGCUUUCCAGUCCACGAUGGAAAAGGAGACAUCCGCAAAUGCCCUUAUUAUGCAGACAAACUGGGCAUGGCAAGCCCCAGCUGCCCCUUCCACGCUGCUGUGGGCCUGGCCAGGCAGCCCCUGGUGCAGCUGGUGCUGGCAGCCUGCAUGGCUGUGGCAGCAGGAGCUGCAGCCUGGUACAUCCUGUGACGGACACAGUGUGUCUCUGCUUGGGGGCAAGGGGGGACAUGUGCCCUGCCCUUUUUCUGACCUUUCCCUUGCUGGUGGCGAGUUGGCUGCAGAGUGGGAGUAAGGAAAUAAACAGGAAUCCUGUGGGACUGUCCAAACCUCCUCGCACACCGCUGUAACACGAGGGCUUUAGCUGACCAGUGUACAGGACUGGUUGGUGCCAGGGGGUGAGGACUCCACUGCAGCACUGCCCUGCCCAGGCUGGGGCAGUUUUUAAGACUAGAGAUGUCCUGUCCUGUCCCAGCAAAGGCUUCACAUGCUUGGCUUUUCAUCUUCAUCACUGAAGCAGUGUCUGGAGGAAGUUUCCUGCCCUGGGUUGCAUCUGCAGAAUGUCAUCAGCCUUUCAAACGACGAGCACUUGCUUUCCUGCCCUGAGAAGCUGAGGCUGUGCCAUGGGGCUGUUAGCUCCAAGGAGUGUCCUCUCUGGUGCAAUGUCCUAGGAACCAAGUCUGAGUCCUGUUGGAGGGAGCUCCCUGGGGAUGGGGGCAGGACCAUGGUGGGGGAUGGAGGUGACAGAUGUGUAUUGUGCAACUUUGGGGUUGAGGGUUGGUUGUCGGUUAUUUUUCCUGAAGCCUUGACUGGAAUAAAAAGUUGCAAUGCUGUA